CGGAAGCAGAGGAGAAUGUGGUUGCUGUCAGUCUUGCUGCCUCUCGUACGGCUGUAUUUAUGUGGCGUUAAAGUUCUUCUGUACCAGCUGUUCAACAGAUCGUUUACGUUACCAGGUACUCAAUAAUGAGUGAAGGCAUCUAGAUGGAUUGUUUGCCAAAGGAACCAAUGGAGGGUAGAAGUGCAGGAGCUUCAUCCUCUGGGCUCAAUCUUGUUGCUCACCCACGGGCAAAAAGCAAAGUCUGGAGAUACUUUGGCUUUGACACGGAUGCAGAUGGGUGUAUAUUGCACUGGAAAAGGAUUUAUUGUCGUGUGUGUAUGAGUCAAAUUGCUUACUCUGGAAACACUUCCAAUCUGUCAUACCACCUAGAAAAGAACCACCCUGUAGAGUUCAGUGAGUUUGUGAAAAGCAACACAGAUCAGAUGCGGGAGGCGUAUGCUACAGCCUUCUCCAGGAUCAAGGCUGAGCCCUCUGCCCCACAUCUUCAGCAAUCCCAGGACACAAACUCAAGGCAGAGUUUCGGCUAUGAAAAUAGAAGACACAAUGAUCUGACAGUAGCUGUCAUCAACUUCAUCUGUGAAGGGAUGUACCCUGUUUCUAUAGUUGAAGAGCAUACUUUCAAGUCCUUACUGAGAACCAUUGAUCCUGGAUACUCACCACCCAGCAAAAGCGACCUUGCAGUUAAAAUGCUUCCGCAGAUGUAUUGUCGCACCCGUGAGAUUGUCCUGACUGAAUUAGCUGGGGUUGUGAACUGUGGAGUCACCACAGACCUUUGGCAAAGCCAAACCCAGAACAGAACUUAUAUUUCACUCUCCAUGCAUUCUGUUAAUCACAACAGUACAACUGGCUUCUCCGUAACCAGCAAGUGCCUUAAAACUUUUGAAGUGCAAGAGGACAAUACUGCAGAAAAUAUCACUAGAGCAAUAUAUGAAGCCUUUGUUGAAUGGGGCAUAACUCAUAAAGUGAGCGGGGCCACUACUAAUGGUUCAGUGGAUAUCGUGAAAGCAUGCUCACUCCUGGAACUGUCGGUAGAAAUGCCUUGCCUUGGACACAGCAUCAACCGAGCAAUGGAUGAAGCCUUUGAGCUGCCUCGAAUAGACAGUUUUUUGGGGUGUUGUCGCAAACUUGUCGAUCAUUUCCGAGAAACACCAAUGGCAAUGUAUCUACUGAGACAAAAACAGAAGCAGCAUGGCCUUUCUCUGUGUACAUUGCUCACAGACAGGGGCAGGUCUUGGUUGGCUACGCUGGCAAUGCUCCAAAGGAUUAAAGAGCAACAGAUUGCUAUAACUGCAAUGCUUGUGGAGAAUUCCAACAACCAUAAUUUGACCUUUGAUGGUGCUGACUGGGCCAUGGUGGAGGGUUUGAUUGAAGUCCUACAGCCAUUUAAAGUUGUGGCAAACAUGAUCACUUCCUGUACAUACCCGACAAUUAGUAUGGUGAGGCCUGUGCUUCACAUGCUAUUGAACACAACCCUCAAGGUCAAGGAAGGGGACCUCAAAGAGAUCAGCAUGACCAAAGAAGUAAUCUCAAAGGUUCUGUCCAGCACUUACUCACAGACGCAGGAAAUUUCAACAUUCCUCAACAUUGCUACAUUCUUGGAUCCACGGUACAAGAGACUGCCUUUCCUGUCCACUCAGGAACGCUCCCAAGUUGAGAGUAAUGUCAUUGAUGAGGCAAAGGCAAUUCUUGAGAAACAGAUUGCUGAGCAACCCUGUCUUGACGAUUUCUCUGUGAUGUCUGAUGAGCCGCCUAGCAAAAAACAGACAACAUUAACGCAGCAUCCAGGGUGCAGUGCGACCCAAGACAACCCACUGGCCGCCAUUUUUUGCCAGUCAGACACAGACCAGAGCCAGGAAGAAUUGCAUGCUCAGGUGGUGGAGGAGUUGAGCAACUACAAAUCACAAAGGAUCUUGGGACUAAACGAAGACCCUUUGCUUUGGUGGUCGAGCCAUGCGGCCUUGUUCCCCACCCUCCCCAAGGUUCUUCAGAAAUACUGGUGUGUUCCUGCCACCAGUGUCCCUUGUCAUAGACUGUUUAGCUCCUCAGGCACUGUUCUCUGUGGAAAGAGGAACCGAAUAGCUCCAGCACUGGUAGAUCAACAGGUGUUCCUGUAUGAGAACAUGCGGAGCUAUUAUGAGCCAGAGCCCAGAGAAGAUGAUUUGGAGGACCUUUGGGAUGAGAAUUGCACUGUGGGUCAGCCACUGGAGUGAAUAUGUUUAUAGCACAGAACUUGAAUUGAAGUAGAACAAACUUUCCCAUUCAAAUCACCCUAGUAGGAUAGUUAGCGCAUCGGCCAUUUUAAACUUUGUCCGUUGCUGGCCUAACUUCAUACUCCAGUGGGUGCUAACUCUGAUCAUUGAUCAGCAAGUAACCACAGCACAAGAUAUCUUUUCACUUCUCAAAGGAGUAUGACACACUUUAUUGCCCUAAAGACGUGUGUCACUGUAGCAACUAACCACAAUUGCCAUUUUAUUCUGCACCAGCCAAAUGACCAAGGCAGUUCAAUGACCAUUCUACUCCAUUCAAGUUCUAUGGUGUAUACCUUAGCAUAAGGUCAAAAGAUAUUUGAAUUUGUAUUAUAGUCAAUUUAUUUUGUAUAAUCUACAUGCAAGAGUCUCUCUGAUAUGAAAAUGCUAUGAUCCAGGUUAGGGAUGCACAAUAUGGAUUUUUUUCAACUGAUGUCAAUAACCGAUAAUUACCUGGUUCUCGUGGCCAAUACCUAUACGAUAAGUGAUAAUAAUUUCACAUUUUUGUUUUUGUUUUAAAAAGCAGUUCAUAACCUGUAUUUUAUGCACACCAGAGAGUAACAAAGGCAAAGAUGUAGUGAGCAAAGAUGGAUGAUUUAAUAUUCCAUAUCUCUGGCAUAACCAAAUCUGUCGACACAACAAAAAUAGAGAACAGUUCAGAUUCUUCAAUUAUUGUUAUUAUUGUUAUUGUUAUUAUUAUAUAGUGAAGAACAUCAAAAAACUUCACAAACAUACUUUGACUUUUAUAGAAUAUUUUUCCAAUUUGCAUACUCACUGGACUAACGUCAGAAGUCAACAUGUCCAUGAUAAAACUUCUGUCAGUUUCGUUGGUAGGGAUCAGACUGUGCAUGUGUGUGGUGAGCACAUCAUACAGGACAGGCAGGCAUACGUCUGCAAAGUAGCUGUGGCUUGGCAGAGUGGACCGGGGCUCCAAAUGCCCCAGUAGCUGGCAAAACCCCUGGUCUUUUACGAUGGAAAAAGGCUGGUCAUCAAGAGCCAUAAAUUCAAUGAUUUUGUCAUGACCUUCUUUAGGCUUUGGGCUGUCUCUGCUAAAGUUCCUGCAGUUUUCAAAUGCCUGUUGAAUAGGGACUCUGCCACACUUGCUUUUUUUUUUUUUUUUUUUUGUGCCAACGCUAGCUGCUAAUGCUUCAUAUUCAGUCCACCUUUCAGGUGACUUGUAAGAUUUGUUGUGUUGAAACUCCUAGACUUUUUCCCUCCUCUAGGAACCUUUGUGAAAUAUGUUUUGCAAAUUGCAGUCAUGUCGUCUUCCUCUGAAACAGUGAAAAUCCUCCACACUGGUGAUGCCAUGUUUAGCUGCACUGCACAGCUAGCCUGAUGUCAGGCAUCAAAGCAUAGCACCACCUACUGUACUGUCAGUAUUUAUUGACUAUAAUUUCAUUAAAAUGUUGAAAUAACAACAUAAAAAUCACAUUAUCUGUUGAUAAUUCAUCAGAUCGAUAUAUAUCGUGCAUCCCUAAUCAAGAUGUUUAUCAGUCACUGGUAAUAUUCUUUGAUUUUGGCUUACUGUCUCUCCUUCAAAAGGAACAUAAACAUUUAGGGCAGUCUGUACCCUUUAAUAUCUCGAAUUUUACUCAAUCUAUAAUCCACAAAAUAUGAGAAAAUUAUUGCACACUGCUAUCACUGAAAAAAAAAAAACUCAUUACACCAGGCUUGUUCUGCUCAUAUAAAAUGUGUAGUAAAGGCAGUGUUGUCCGAU